AACGGAAAAUUAAGCGAUUGCUUUCAACGAUCUGCCAAGGAUAAACCUGUUUAAAUAUGACAUAAGAGAGUUAUGCCACAAGCACAACACGAAGCUCAGUUAGCACUACAAGAACGGAAAAGAACUGAUUGAAUGGUGGUGGAAAUUGGUCGCAUUACAUAUAUAAAUGCAACAUUAUGUCAGGCAAGAGAUCCGGUUCACAGCAGCAGCAGCAGCAGCAGCAGCAACAUACAGAGCAGUAUACGAAUCCAUCCUUUGAGCAGGAGCUCAGCCCAGCGACGGGGACGACAAACAAAAGCACCGCAGGCACGGUGACAGGCACGACAGCCAUAUCGACUGCCACAUUCAGCAGCAGCAACGCCAACGGCAACGGCAACGGUACCGGGUCCAUUGUCGGUUCAGGUUCAGGUACAGGUGUCUGCAUAAGCGAUGCCGAGGCGGGUGGCGCUACCGGUACGGCACAUCGCAAAGGUCACAGGCGACAGGAAUCCAUGUACCAGAUGACAGGUCUCUAUUCGGAGGCAAACAGCGGCGAUGAUAGCAGCAUUGAUGCCGCCCACGACAAUGCAUCCUCCUCCCAUAUGGGUGAACUGUCCAACCCCUCAGCGACGAUGACGAUGGCGAUGACAACGACACCAUUGGCAUCAGCGACGAUGACGAUGACGACGACGACAACAACAACAACGACAACGACUGCUUUGGAUAAUGCCGUCCUCAAGUGCCACAGUCGUCAGCCAUCUGCAGCAGCAGCAGCGGCAGCAGCCAGCAAAUGCAAUAAUGCGGAUCAUCAGCGUGACGAUGAUGAGGAUGAGGAGGAGUUUCGUUCACGGGACUGCGGAAUAUUAAAUUGCCGGCCGUAUGGCAUCCAAAGAUUUGCUAGAAUUAAGAUAUUUGUGCUGCUGUUGUCGCUGUUGGUAAUGAUGCAGCAGGCGCUCAGCUCUGGCUACAUCAACUCGGUGAUAACGACAAUUGAGAAACGCUUCGAUAUACCCUCGAGCUAUUCGGGCCUGAUCGCGUCCAGCUAUGAGAUCGGCAACGUCAUAACUGUCAUCUUUGUCAGCUAUUUGGGCAGUCGCCGGCACAUACCAGUCUGGAUUGGCAUCGGUGCAGUGAUCAUGGGCAUUGGGUCGCUGGUGUUUAUGGUGCCGCAUUUUACGGGCGAACCGAAUCCGGGCAUUGCCAUUAAGAACAAGACUAGCGACAACAUUUGCCGCAGCGCUUUGGUGCGUGACCAGGACAUGGAUCUCGGACGGCUCUCCAGUGGUCUGUCCAAUCAGCCGCUGGCGCCGCACACACUGCGCGAGGACAACUGUCUCGAGGGCAAGGCGUCGACAACGGGACCGGUGCUGCUCUUUGUGCUUGCCCAACUGCUGCUCGGCUGCGGUGGCAGUCCGCUCUUCACCUUGGGCACCACCUAUGUGGAUGAUCAUGUGCGCACCGAGAGCUCAUCGAUGUACAUUGGCUGCAUGUACAGCAUGGCGGCCUUUGGACCAGUCGUUGGUUUUCUGCUUGGCGCCUAUCUGCUAUCCUUCCACAUGGACUCGCUGUCAUCCACCACCAUCAUAUCGAUAACGCCCGGUGAUCGACGCUGGGUGGGAUUGUGGUGGGGCGGCUUCUUGCUGUGUGGCGUCAUAUUGCUCAUGGUGGCUGUGCCGUUCUUCUCCUUCCCCAAGGUUCUGACGCGCGAAAAGAAGAAAAUACGCAAAAGUAGUGUUGUGCAGCUGGCGUUGCCCAACAAUUCGGGAGCGACGGUGAUCACCGAUGAACUGGGCAAGGUGAAGAAGGAGAUUGUGGCGGUGACCAGCAAGGAGGAGGAGGCACAGCCACCACCCAAAGUGGAUACCGGCUAUGGCAAGGAUAUUAAGGAUAUACCGCAAUCAAUGCUGCGACUAGUGAAGAAUCCGGUUUACAUCGUUACCUGCCUGGGCGCUUGCAUGGAACUGAUGAUUGUCUCCGGCUUCGUCGUCUUUCUGCCCAAGUAUCUGGAAACGCAAUUCAGUCUGGGCAAGAGCCAGGCAAACAUAUUCACAGGAUCGAUUGCCGUGCCCGGCGCCUGCAUUGGCAUCUUCAUCGGUGGCUGUGUGCUCAAGCGGUUUCAGCUCAAGCCGAAGGGUGCCGUUCAAUUUGUGCUCAUCACGAACGUCAUCUGUUUGGCCUGCUAUGCGAUGCUCUUCUUUCUCGGCUGUGACAAUCUCAAAAUGGCCGGCACCACAAUACCCUAUUACACCAAGCAUGGCAGCACGCUGGAUCAACCGUUCCAGGUCAAUUUGACGGCCGCAUGCAAUUUUGGCUGCGAGUGCCUCACCAGCGAGGUGGAACCUGUGUGCGGCAACAACGGCUUGACCUACUUCAGUCCCUGCCAUGCUGGCUGCACUGCCUUCUCCUCCAGCUCAAACUACACGAACUGUGCCUGUGUUCAUGCCAACAUUUCGAGCAACAUUUAUCGUGGUGCGGGUGGCAGCCAGGCGCAGGCUCUCAGCGCCAACGAGGACUUUGCCGAGGUCACUGUUGUGCCGGUGGCGACAGCUGGGCCCUGUGCGACGCCCUGUCGCACUAUCUAUCCAUUCCUCAUACUGCUCUUCUUUAUGACAUUUAUUGUGGCAUCCACACAAAUGCCGCUGCUGAUGAUCGUGUUGCGCUCUGUCUCGGAGGAGGAGCGCUCCUUUGCCCUGGGCAUGCAAUUUGUGAUCUUUCGCUUGUUUGGCUAUAUACCAGCGCCGAUACUCUUUGGCAAUCUGAUCGACUCCACUUGCAUCAUGUGGAAGUCGUCGUGCGGCGAAAAGGGCGGUCGUUGUCUCAUCUAUGACAUUGAAAAGUUCCGCUACAAAUAUGUGGGUCUGUGUGCCUCGGUUAAGCUGGUUGCGCUCUGCAUCUUCCUUGUCGACUGGUGGCUGGUGCGCAGGCGCAAACAGCUCGAGAAAAUGAAGCCUCUGAAUGCCAGCGAUCCCAUCAUUGGCUCCAUCAUCAGCCUGGACAAACUGUUUGAGGAGAAGCUGACUGGCGGCGAUCCAAGCACUAAUUUUGUUGGAGGCCAUGAACUGAUCAUACCAACUGAUAUCCUGCGGCACUCUCGCAACGAUUCGCGCACCAUGCAGAUGGACUACGGCUACGACAAAUGCGGUCAGGUGUUGCCGGCGGCUAACACUUGCAAUGUGCCGCAGACCAAGUCAAAGAAGCAUUUCCGGAGCGCAUCGUGUGAUGUGAAGAUGAUUCGCAGCUUUGCCAAGGAUCACAAUGUGGCGGGCAGCGUUGCAGAUGGCGCCGGCGAUAAGUUUAGGAAUCUGAAGAAGCUGCAGUCGCACACACGCAAUCACUCCACGGAUCUCAAUCCGCAAGAUGCGCGUCACAAGACGCUGCGUGAUGAUCCCACACUGCCCAUACGCUAUAUACAGAAUCAGUUGCGGCCGCAGGACUGUGCCGAGGAGGAUGACGACGAUGAGCUGACCACCGGCUGUGGCCACUUUGUGAAGAAGCAUUCGCGCAAUCACAGCUACGAUCAGAUUUAUAUGCCCAACAACAUACGCUUUGAUGCCGACUUUCUGCGGCAUCCACACUCGCAUCAUAGCAAUCCCAAGAAGAAUGUCAACCUGCUCAAGAAUGUGGUGAGCGAUGCGGCCAAAGUGAAGAAUUCCAAUAAUGAGACAGACGUCGCUAGCGGAUCGCGUUGUCAUUCACGCACCAAUUCCAAGGAUCUGAAUAGCCAGGUUGCCUUAGCCGAGCCCUCAUCGAGUGGACUCAGCAUUCUGCGACAUCGCCGCAGCAACUCGAAAGAUCUUAACUACAGCAUAUUGCCAGGUGGCAACAGCAACAGCAAUAGCAAUAGCAGCACCAUAGAUGCCGCCACACCAUCAAAUGCCCAAAACCAACAGCAGCAGCAGCAUACGCGGAAUACGUCGCACCACAAGAUCCAGAUCGACGAUGAUCGCAAUGAGCUGAUUAACGAUAACGAUGACUACGAGGAGUCGACUUCGAUCCGCUUGUAGUCGUCGUACAGUUGAAUAUGUUCCUGAGCAUACAUUGCCUGUGCAAUCUCUCCAAUGCCUUACAUAGCGAUUUAUGCCGAUUCAGUCGUUUACAUAUGCAUUCUUAAAUGAGUGCAUCGAAUCGAGCACUCUCAAUCGACCCUAUGUCUGACUAUAUGAUUUCCUUCAAAGCGGCAACUAUCUGCUUUAUCCGUACUUAUAACCAAGUGUUCAAUUGUACUUUCCUUGUAGAGAACAAGAAAUAAUCUUUUUAUACUACAAAAUGUUCAAACCGGUUCACUAAAGUUCAUAUUUGGAGCAUUGCAAACAAUAUUUAUAAAUAGUUUAUUUAUUGUGUAAGCAUAGUAGAUACAUAUUGUAGUCUUAGGUCCUUGUGAUAGGCAUAUUUUAUAUUGUACACUUACCAUUUACACAAUAAGAGCUAUUUGACUGUUUUUUAAGAGCCGAAAAUUGCAGUCAAACCACAAAGUGAAAACCGCAAAUUUAAUAAUUAGCCUCUAUGAACAUUCUUAGCUCAGAUCGAUUGGAACAAAUGUUGUCAGCUGCCAAAAUUCGAAUCAUUUGAAAAUCCAAUAAUCCCAGAAUAAUUAAUUUACCAUGUAAAAUUCCAGCCUUUUGGGAGUGAUGAUGAAACACACCCAAUUUUUGUAUCCCUUGAAGCUUUUACUCAAUUUAUUGUGCAAUCUCGGUUUCGAAAUACAAAUUUUGCUUAUGCAUAAA